CGUCGUAACACUCGUUCAUUCAUCUAUCAAUCCUAACAACGACAUUGUGCUCGGCUGGCACCAUACAAGCGCUUGUGUAUUUCUCAAGUUGGAAAUCGGCUUAGGUGACGAGAAUCGAGAUGGCAGAGCUCGCCGCAAUUGGCCUCGCCGCCAAUAUCCUCCAAUUCAUCGGAAUGGGGUAUUCGGUCGUCUCAACCGCCGUCCAAGUCUAUAAUUCCACCUCGGGGAUGACUUCAAGCAAUUCAGAGCUCUUCAACACCGUCGGGCGGCUGGAAGAGGCGUACGGGCGGUUGAAAACACCAUCAUCGCCCCAGCACAAGGCUCUGAACGACCUGGCCACGAAAUGUGAAGAGCUGCUCAAAACACUCCAAGACGUUCUGGCGCCUCUCAAGGUCAAAAGGCAGGGGUCUAGGACUGAGAGCAUACGUGUUGCAUAUCAAUCCUGGAAGAAGGCGGACAAGAUAAAAGCGGUCCGUGAGACGCUCGAUGACUAUCGUGCCCUGCUGUUGGUGGAGUUGAACUUGCUACUCGAAGAACGUCAGGGGUCCAUGCAGGACAAUCUACAGAAAUUGCUGGUAUCGAAAGAAAAUAUCGUGGACGAACUCCAGGGGCUAAAGGAUGCCGUUAAUGCCCAGUCAACGGCGGACACCGCCGAGAAUAUUCGUGCUAUCCACCAUGAGUUUCAGAAAUUCUGCUCCAGUGUGCGAGAAGCAAAGUGUCGACAGGUUAUCCUCAAGGCUCUGCGCUUCCCGCAAAUGAAUGAACGAUUCGAUGAUGUCAAGCCGGAGCAUAACAACACGUUUGCGUGGAUAUUCGAUGAUUGCGCAUCCGGAGCCCAGGUGGAGGGAACAACCCCGCCAGCCAAGGUGUCUUUCACCCAGUGGUUGCGAGCUGAGGGUGGAAUAUUCCAUGUGGAAGGGAAAGCAGGCUCCGGGAAAAGCACCCUCAUGAAGUUCCUCUGCGACAAGAAGCAAACCAAGGAGCUUCUCGACGCAUGGGCUGGAACGAAGCAGCUGAUAUUCGGCAAAUUCUUCUUUUGGCGGGCCGGAAAUCCCUUGCAGCGAUCACUAAAAGGCCUGACCCAAGCCCUUCUCUACACCAUCCUUCAGCAGGCUCCCGACCUCAUCGAAUCCACCUUUCCGGACGAAUACAAACUGAUCAACGAGAAAGAGUGGAAUGUGCCCUUCGAUGGCGAAAUCCGUGUUGACUUUGAUAUGGUCCAAUCACGGUUUAAGAAACUUUUGGAGUCUGAAUCGACAUGCCAAUCCCGGCGAUUCUGUUUCUUUAUUGACGGCCUGGACGAGUUCGAUGAGAGCAGUGAACAGGACCACAACUUCACCGUUUACAGCAACUUCGUCAGCACCAUAGCUACUUGGGCAACUUCUGGGUCCGAUGUGAAGAUCUGCGCCUCCAGCCGAGACUGGCAAAUCUUCAAAAACAUCCUUGACGAGACCAUUCCUGAAACUCCUAGGCGCCGGCUGAGACUGCACGAACUCACGAGAAACGAUAUGACCCUAGUAGUCGAGGACACCCUCAAGCAUGGUCUCCACGACGCGUCUACUACAGGCCCUCAAUUUGUCGAACUGGUAGACGAGAUCGUGACAAGAGCGGAGGGAGUCUUCUUAUGGGUGACGCUGGUCUUAAAAUCUCUGCUUCAAGGCGCCCAGUUUAGAGAUUCACCAGCAAUGCUCCGCCAACGGAUGGAUACGAUGCCAACCCGAUUGGACGGAUUUCUUCAGUACAUGCUCGAUGAUAUUGAUGCUAUAUACAGAAGAAGGGCGGCUACCAUCUUCUCCUUUGCUUUGGCCACAAGAAGGAUUUGCCCUGACAUGGGCCCCACUCUCCUAAGAUACUCGUUCUUGGAAGAUCUCGAAAACGACCCGAAAUAUGCACUCAGAAAGGAUCUGAAUAAGGAAGACCUAAACUAUCGCAUAGCGCGAAUGCGUAACCAGCUUGUGCCAUGCUGCAAGGGCCUUCUCGAGACGCGACUUCGCAGCCACCUCAGCGAAAAAUAUCCAGUCUUCCUCCAGGAGCGCGUCGUGUUCCUCCAUCGCUCCGUACUCGACUUUCUGGAAGCCCAACCCGAAUCUGAUAGAGACACCGAUUUCCGGCGAAUGAUCCGAAAGUCGACUGCAGACGAAGAGAAGAAUACUAGCAUCCUUCGGCUUAUUUGUCACAGCUUCCUAGCUGAGCUCAAAUCCGUGUUUGCCCUUCACGACGAAUAUCUCCGGAGUACAGAUGUGGGUGUGACCAUGGCACGCUUGGUCGUUGCUCUUCACCGAACAUUCCUUAAAGGUAGACCUCCGGACUUCGAGUUUCUCGACGAUCUCGACUCUGUUUUGCGAUAUGCGAACUCUAAUCCUCAAUGGGGGGAUUCAGGCUGGAUGAUUAGUGGCACGUUUGGCUACAUUUGGAAGGUCUCACUAUCGGGCAAUGGAAGGGUGAUCGCCAACAACGAUCUCUACGGCACCUUUGCAUAUCGCGGUUCCCAAGAGAUCUUCCUUGACGGACUUGUUGCUCGUCGAAGUGCCGUUCUACAUAAUAUGUUGGACCGAUUGCUUGACCACGCUCUCUGCGGCUUCGUUUUCAUGCUCUCUGACAGGCUCAAACCCGCAUACAGUCAGUCUCUCGAUACAUCUGAGUUCUUCGCGGUUGUUGACAUUCUUCUCCAACAAGGCGCCACAUGGAACCCCAUAUUUGGGCUGACUGAACACUCCCGAUAUUUUCCUUAUAAUUUUUUUACGCUAGAUGCAACGCUGGAUUGUUCUCUGGCAGUCCGGUACGACGAAGAUGCAUUUAGGAUGCUCAAACUUUUCCUCUCGCAUGAUAUAGAUCCCUAUGUUUACUACACCAAAUCUAGCCAGCUUUGUCUCUGGCUCCGUGUCAAGAAAGGCUUCAUCUUCUUCAGCCCACUUCACAAAGGGGUUGGCGAUUGGAAGGCUCAUCCGGUCGUCUCUUUGCGACAGGUCCUGGAGAUGCAACCGCAGCGGACAUCGAUCAUAACAGAUGUUCUUAACCGUCUUCCCACCUACUCCGAGUACAAACAGGAAUGGGACGAAAGCUGCAUAAUUUCGAGGAAAAGUGCCAGGAAGCUGCUGCCAGCCCCCGCUAAAUCGAAAUAUUCGUCUCGGUCCGAAUCUUUUUGCGAGGCCAGCAACUCAGACGACAAGGACAAGUAUCUAGAUUUCAGACCCUUACCGAAGCCUAAACUUGCUUGGCCGACUUCAGAAUUCUUCCCUGGAUCGUCAUACCCAAACUCGCCGUCACCGACAGACCAACCAUCGAAGCAUGCUCUAGGAGCCCUGCCCGAACCAGGGACGAUAUGCCCAGAGCUUGAAUCAACUCCCCAUUCUAUGCCAGCGAUGGCCCCGGCUAGCCACCAGCCGCGCGAUCUGAAUGUGUUCCGGAGCGGAGCACACGUCCCUGUAGCUACUAUUAUGAUGUUUCUCGUCAUGGGUACGUAA